UUUUCCAAUGAAGAUUCUACGCGUGAUGCUCUUUUGGAUGUUAAUGGGAAACCGUUUUCAAAUGACCCGUCUGGGAGAGCACGUUUUAAUCUUGCAUUUGCCAACUCUCCUCAUCAAAUGUCUGUUGAGUACAACCUUUUUGUUAGAAAUUUAUCUCCAGAUGUUGAUGAUGUUUCUCUUUUUAGGGUAUUUUUUGAUAUAUUUUUUGGGGAGUCUCCUUUGGUUUAUUUUUCCUGGGUUCCUUUUUUUCGUUUCCUUUUCCCAUCUUUUAAAUACAUAUUAGAAUUUGCGGACAAAACUUGCAGACUUUUAUAAUCAUAGACGCGGCACGUUUUAUCUCGCCAAAAGCUUGUU